CCUCUCUUCCCGCCAUUUUUUGCCUUCUCUACUCUUUCUACUGUCUUUCCUCCAGAACCCCUCCCUUUUUGUCUCUCAACAGUCAAAGCCCCGACGAGUCUGUUAAGCUUUGAAAAUGUUGUGGGUAGACAAAUACAGGCCGAAAUCCCUCGACAAGAUGCUAGUUCACGAAGAGGUUGCCAAGAAUCUCAAGAAACUGGUCACAGAGCAGGACUGCCCUCACCUGCUGUUCUACGGGCCUUCAGGUUCCGGCAAGAAAACCCUAAUCAUGGCCGUUCUUAGACAGAUGUUUGGCGCUGGUGCCGAGAAGGUGAAAUUAGAAAACAAGACAUGGAAAAUCAAUGCUGGGAGUAGAACUAUUGAUCUGGAAUUGACCAUGUUAUCAAGCACCCACCACGUGGAACUGAAUCCCAGUGAUGCAGGUUUCCAGGAUAGAUAUAUUGUUCAAGAGAUAAUCAAGGAAAUGGCAAAAAAUAGGCCAAUUGACACAAAAGGAAAGAAAGGGUACAAAGUCCUAGUGCUAAAUGAGGUUGACAAGCUCUCAAGAGAAGCACAACACUCACUUCGGAGAACAAUGGAGAAAUAUAGUGCAUCGUGUCGGUUAAUUCUAUGCUGCAAUAGUUCCUCAAAAGUUACAGAAGCAGUUCGUUCUCGCUGUUUGAAUGUGAGAAUAAAUGCACCAAAAGAAGAUGAGAUUAUUAGUGUAUUGGAGUUUAUUGGCAAAAAGGAAGGGCUACAACUUCCACCUGGUUUUGCAGCCCGCAUAGCUGCUCAAUCAAACCGGAGUUUGAGGAGGGCGAUCCUGUCGUUUGAGACUUGUCGAGUCCAACAGUACCCUUUCACAAAUAAUCAAGUAAUACUGCCCAUGGAUUGGGAACAGUAUAUUUCUGAAAUAGCAUCUGACAUAAUGCAGGAGCAGAGCCCCAAAAGGCUGUUUUUAGUUCGUGGGAAGUUGUAUGAGCUACUUAUUAAUUGUAUUCCUCCAGUGAUCAUUUUGAAGAGGUUGCUUUCUGAAUUGUUGAAGAAGUUGGAUGCUGAACUUAAGCAUGAGGUGUGCCAUUGGGCAGCCUAUUAUGAACACAGAAUGCGACUGGGUCAGAAGGCAAUAUUUCACAUUGAAGCAUUUGUUGCAAAAUUCAUGAGCAUCUAUAAAGCAUUCCUCAUUGCAACAUUCGGAUGAAGGCCAAUUGGACCAAUCACUGAGCUUAUAUGUUGAGAGGAGUUUUUUUUCUCAAGUAUUCCAGCAUCUAUAUUAAUCUCAUGGUCAUGGGUUAGGUCUAUGUCCUGGUACAAAGCAGCAGCUAAGAGUCAAUCUUUGCAUUUGGAGAUUUUUGGAGGUUGAAAUGUACGCCAUGUUCCACCUGUUAUAUAUGCAUUAUAAUAUUUGAUAAAUGGAUAUUUGGUGAUUCUUUCCUCUUCCAUCCCCUCCCUCUCAAUAGAUCUCUUAUGUCCAACUUUUGAAGUACUGAUACAUGUUGGACGAUAUUGAUUUUGAAGAAGUGGGCAUGUGGCAUGGUUGGAGUGCAAUGUUAUUUGCACUAGUACAAAUGCAUGGGAAUGCAAAUGAAAAGAAUGCAAUCUGUUUUAAUUUUGUUU